UGUGAAAUAUCGUGGAUACAGAGCUCGUCUGCCAAACAUCUGGUGAAACACGUCUUACUGAAUUACACGAUGGAGCAACAGUUGAAAUGUAAUGAGCCGAAUAAUUGGUCCCCGUGUACUAUUUUUAGUCGUAGAUAUCACAACUAUGCAGUUGUGAUGGCUCGACCCAUAUUGAUUGAAUCGCAAAAAAUGUUUCAAAUUUGGGAAAAAGCUGUACUCACAGUUACUGUGAGUGAUGGAAUAUAUCGCUGGGUACAGUACUUGGAGAACGCAGGGAUUGAUGUAUUCAGCGGCCAGUAUAAUAAAUACGUGCCCAAAAUUAUUAUCGCGAAAAGGCUGGAUAGAAGUAUAAAUGAUCCACCAACCAUAAUCGACAGGCUGGAAACUCUAGGCUCCAGGGUCAUCUAUCUGCCUCGUCUGGAUCACAUAGAAUUCAAUGGAGCAUUGAAUCGCAUCGUAGAUUGUGCCCAUGAAUUAAAUAUAACCUUAAGAGACAUGUACGUAUUUGCGGAGUCAGAAACUAAUUUUGAUACCUUCCAAGUCACAGAGACGUUACGUAUAAGCGACGGGAACAUACACAAUGUAGAGCUAACGUGUCUGCAACUGAAUUAGGAGAAGCAAAAUCUAUAUUGUGCGAGAAAACUGUGGUGACAGUGGAUACGGACGCAUCGAUUAUUUGGGCCAUGAGUUUAGACGUUACAAAGCAGAACAUAUUUGACGAAUUUUAUAUUAACGUACACGAUGAAUCUGACAUUGAUAGAUAAAGUAGAAACCUCGCAGUAGCUGUAUCUCCGUACUUAUAUAUGCAUUCUGGCUUAUAAACUUAUUAUUUUUUAUUCUGGCUUAUAAAAUUAUUAUUUUUUAAAUAAAUUUAAAGAAAUAUUUAUUUUAUAACGUAGUAAUUUUUACA